UUCCAAUCGAAGUUCUAUGGCGUACGAACCGAGAAAUGUCACCGAACUUAUAACUUUUACAUACAGAACGUAAAACUACAUCUUGCAAGGCAUCAAAUAGUAAAAAAUUGUUCCUUUUACGAGAUACUCAAAUUAUAUUUGUUUGUAAAAACGCGUCAAAAUGGACGAUAUUACGGUUGAGGUGUGCGGCGAAAAUGGUGCUUGGUAUAAGGCAGUUGUCACAGAUCUUUUUGACGAUGGAAUUAUGGUGGCUUUUGAAAAUGACUGGCAAAAAGAGUCAAAAUUCCUGUUUACUCAAGUUCGCCUACCGCCAGAUGAGCCACCAGUCGCACCAGUAUUUUCCGAAGGCAUGGAAGUCGAAGUGUAUUCCCGUUCGAAUGACCGCGAGGCAUGCGGAUGGUGGUGUGCGGAUAUUAAGAUGAUUAAAGGCGAAUUCUUAGUUGUUGAGUAUUUGGGCUGGGAACAUAGUUACAGGGAAAUUGUGGCUGCUGAAAGACUUCGCUUAAAAAAUACAAAUCCGCCAAUAACUGCAACAACAUUUCACAAAUUUGAAGUCGAAGUACCCGAAGAACUAAGAGUUUAUGCCAAAGUUGAUGGUGUUCACAAGGAAUUUCAAAAAGCAGUACGUGCCGGCGUUUGUCGUUUCAUUCCGGAAACUGGUAAUUUAUUGAUGAUAUCCACUGAUGAAGCGUCACAGAAAAAGGCCCGCAUGAUUCAAGAAAUGCAUUUUCGGAAUUUAAGUCAAAAGGUUUUACUUGUCAAACGUACUGAAGAAGCUGCACGUCAGCUGGAAUCAACAAAACUUCACACAACGUCCGGAGGAAAAAAAAUGAAUCACCGACACAGUAACAAUUUUGACGGGAUGUUUUCACGUGGAAGUUUUUCAGACGAAUUUCGGGUGCGAGAAGAUCUGAUGGGUUUGGCGAUUGGUGCGCACGGAAUAAACAUACAGACGGCCCGUAAAUUAGAUGGUGUGACACAAAUCGAACUAGAGGAACACACGUGUACUUUUAAAAUAUUUGGUGAGACUGAAGAGGCCGUACGAAAGGCUCGCUCAAUGCUUGAAUACAGUGAAGAGUCCAUCCAAGUACCACGGAACCUAGUUGGUAAGGUGAUCGGAAAAAAUGGACGAACUAUUCAGGAAAUUGUCGACAAAAGUGGCGUCGUUCGGGUAAAGAUUGAAGGUGACAAUGAACCACAACCAAGCAUACCACACGAAGAUGGUCAAGUUCCUUUCAUAUUUAUUGGCACCAUUGAAAGUAUUUCAAACGCAAAAGUUUUACUCGAAUAUCAUCUAGUGCAUUUAAAGGAAGUUGAAUUGUUACGACAAGAAAAAUUAGAAAUCGAUCAACAACUGCGCGCUAUUCAGGGCAAUACAUCAAUGAGUUCAAUGCAAAAUUUCACUGUUCAACGACGAUCCGAUCGUGGCUACAGCAGUGAUGUAGAUACGAUGCGACCAAACAACCGUGGAUCGGGUGCAUCGCAUCAAGGGAAUACAUCAAAUACCAGCGGUUCGUCUGGUAUGCGUGGCCGUGGCGGACGCGGUCGGGCAAACAACUCACGCUAUCAUCCUGAUGUUCAACGUCAAGGCAGUACAAAUGACGAUUUCUCUGGUCGAAAUGGUCAUCUGCCGUCAAAAUCAUAUAAUGAUCGAUCGGGAUACAAUAGUGGAAAAUGGUAUAACGAAAAAAGAGGUAAUCGUCGAUCGGAAGACCUACGUUCGAAGUCAGAGUUCAAUUAUCGCGAACAAUCGAGCGGAAGAAGCGGAAAUAGUAGUAACAAACAGCGUACCGAACGUGAUGUUGUGAGUGUUGAUCGUGAAAGUAAUUCGUCAGUGGAAAAUAACAAUUCGAGACGACGACCAAAAGCAAAAAAUACCCACAAUCAAACAAAUUCAGUGGGAAAUACAAAUGGCGCUGCAGUGAAUGAAUCAAAACAAAAUGCGUCUAGUUCCAGCAAAUUCGAACAAAAACAGCAGUCACAAAGUCGCCGUUCAAAUGAAAAUUCACAAAAAUCAGCCAACAAUCCGAAUACACAACAAAAUCAUAACAAUUACAAUGGCAACAAUCGUGAGAAUGGUAAACCACGUCGUUACGCAAAUCAACAAACAAACGGUGGAAAUAAUGGUGGUGGAGGAGGCGGUGGCGGUGGUGGAGCAAACAGUAAUGCCGGCUCCAAGGCAUCGAAAGCUGUCAAUGAAAUAAAUGCAGGCAACAAAGAGGCCAUCAGCAACAACAAUAAUAACAAUAAUCUAGAAAACAAGGAAAUUCUUAUCAAAGAAUCAACAUAGAGAUUUUCGAACCUUUUUUCAUUCUUUUUUCUCAUUUCGUUAAACUAAACAAAUUAACUAACAACCGUAUACACAUUUCCAUCCCCCCUCACCCCACACAAACACACACACACUCACAUACACACACACGCAUACACAUUAUUUUGCUAUUUCAUAACGCUGAAUUAAUUUGAUUAUGAAGAAGAGAAAAACAAUUAAGAAUGAUUUUAUUUGAAGCCAAUAUGUUUUCGAAGGCAAGAGUCUAUAUGAGUGUUCACCGUGGAUGAAAGUCAAAAUCAAAUAGAAAUGUACGAAAGUAACAGAACAGGUUCACAAAUAAUAGUAGCACUCCCAAAAAUCGGUAUUCUCCGUUUUUGUUUCAUAAUAUGAAUAUUUUAGCUCAACAAAAGAAAAAAAAUGGAUUCUCACACAUGCAACUAAAAGUAAAAUGUUGACAGUGUGUCAAUACAUACACACAUCCAAUCAUUUUGCCUUUGAUCUUUUCGGCCGACAUUGAGAUUAAAAUUAAUCAGGCGCAUCUUUUGGCAUCAAUGGAGUUUGCAAUCCAAAACUCUCACCCUUCCAUAUUGAAAAAAAAAAAUUAUAUAUUUAAAAAAAAAAGAAAAGAAAAACAAACAAAAAACUAAUAAAUAAUAAUUUGAAAUUGAAUAUGAUUUAUCGAGUACAUCCAAGAACGUACUCUGAACGUCGCUGAAGGUCGAAGAAAGUGGAAUACGAAAUAAUCAAUUAGCAAAA